UUUUCUUUCUUUAUCGUAAAAUUUUAAAGCGCCAACCGCCAAAAUAUUCAAUCAAAGAAAAUUAAUUCUUUCUAGAUUUCAUUCAACUUUGAACCGUAAUUAAAGUCAUGAUUAUGAAGUGGUUUUGGCUUAGAUGAUCUUUAAUCGUCAUUGAGUUCGUUUGAAAUGUCCGAUUCGUUCAUCUAACAUCUAACCAAAAAAGGAAAGCCGGCGUCGGGCGUAUUGGAAUUAUGUCAUCUUCGCUGAUCCUUCUUUCAAAAUUCGAAAAUGGGCAAUGCUGCGUAUUUUGUAGAAGUAGCAUUAUCGAUCCCCUUUCUUGUGGACCAGUCUACCAGUACAAACAUCUUAUCGCUCAUUAUUUUUGUCUAUUACUAUCUUCGAACAUCCGUCAAAAUGGACGAGAUACCCAAGGAAUUUUGGGAUUUUUACAAGAAGAUAUUGAAAGAGAAGUCGCUCGAGGAAAGAAACUGUCUUGUAGCUAUUGCAGGAAGAAAGGAGCUCUGAUAGGAUGCGGCGUGAAAUCAUGCAAAACAAUGUUUCAUUUACCUUGCGGUAUUUCAAAACAAGCGUUGAGUCUGUAUUAUGACCGAUUUACUUCGUAUUGCUAUAAGCACAGGAGUUGGAUAAACUUUCCCGAUUUGGAAGGCGUCCAAAUUGAAAGUAAAACUUGUUCGAUUUGUUUGGAAAAUCUCUCCUUACCGAUGGGUAAUAUUACAUGGUCUACUUGCUGCAAAAAUGCAUGGUAUCAUAAACGAUGCAUUCAGGAGGUUGCCCUCAAUUCCGGAUAUUAUUUUCGAUGCCCGAUUUGUAACAACGAAAGUAUAUUUAGAAAUCAAAUGCUCGAAUUCGGUAUCUAUAUUCCGAACCAAGACGCAUCUUGGGAACAAGAACCGAAUGCUUAUUCUGGUGUCUACGAAAGGUACAGCCAUUGCGAUGCUGUGACGUGUUAUUGCCCUUGGGGAAGAGAUACUUGUCAUCGAGCAGGAGCUUGGCAAAUCGUAUUAUGCUACCGGUGUUUGCAAAAAGGAAUUCAUAAGAAGUGUAGUAUGGGAACAGUGAAACGAGAUUUGUGGUGUUGUUCCAGUCAAACUUGUUUAAACGAAAGUUCGAGCGAAGAUGUAGAAGUACCCGAAACUUCAUCCGGAAUUACGACACAAAACUUGACACUACCCUCGAGUAGUUGCGAAAACAAGGAGAAUUUCGCUCUCCAUUCAAACUCCGGUGAUUUAUCUAAUCGAAAUUAUCUUCAUAGAAGAAGUACGGUUGAAGUUUUUAAUGCCACUUCGGUUACUGAACAUCGGCAAUCGUCUUUCUCUUCGAUACUCUGUUCUCAAAAAGAAUGUUUCAGUGGUCGAGAGACUCUCGAAAGUAGUUCAUUUGCAUUCAAUUUGCCUCCUGUGAACUCCGUCCAGCGGCCUGCAUUUGCUCAGCUCCUGAGAAGACGCAGUUUGCGAUUCAAUGUUACAAGUGCCAAUCAUGAAGAUGAAAAAACUAAAAGAAAUGCAUUUCAAAAGAAUGAAAAAUGCAACCAGCCAAAGAAAAAUGUUGGAAAAAACUCUACGAGAUACUCUAAUAUGAGAUUACAUCGAGCUUCAAAUCAUUUAGAUUUAAUUGGAAGAAGAAGAAGAAGAAGAUUCCUCAUUGAUAAACGUGUGGUAUUCGUGUAUCCGGCCAUUAUGAAAUGCAUCAAAAAUUUCGAAAUUACUUUGUAGAUUUAAUUUCGAAUUCUCGGUUAUGAAUUUUUUUACUUUCGAUUUUUUUUUGUAGACGAAUUUUUUUAGGAUUUACGAUUUUUUAGGACAUUUUUAUACGUAUAACGUAUCUACGUUUAUAGGUUGAUUUACGAUUAGAUAAUGAUACUCAUGCUUGACUUCGAUACGAAUGCUUAAUUUAUAUAUGUAGGUAAUAUUAUAUCUCGAUAAUUUAUAUGGAAACAUUUAAUGUUUGAAUUAAACUUCUUCUUGUGUAA